AAUACGAUUGAUCUUGUUUUUCUGCGGUGUAAAACUUCAUGCCUCGGAAUUGGAUACCCUUUCGAAUUUUACAUCCAUUCAUGUUUAAUAUCAAACUUACAAUGGGUGAGAUCCUAUAUAUGCAUGGCAAUUUGCAUUGACCACUUCGAUCACAACAUGGGUUCACUCCUGAAAUCCAUGUGUAUGCAGGUCGUUGGCGAAGAUCAUCGAUAGAAAAUUCGUAUUGAACGGAAAAUGUGGCCACGUGAUUUUAUCUUUGCAUGACUUUGUAAACUGGACGAGAAGUAGGAUUUUGAUUGUACACCGUCUAGCGUCUUUCAAGACGAAUGUGGCUAUUUACGUGGCUACGAGAAUCAGGACCGAUAGAGUAAAUAACUCAGAUAAUUGAGAUGGGACCUGUAGUGAGCCCCACGGGAGUGGACUGCGCACUGCAGUCCACGAGCUAGAUUCGCUAUACAAGGUGGCGAGAACACAUUUACCAGCUUAGUGCAUCUGAGAACUGAUGGAAUCCUUAGAGGAGCAUUAUGUAAUAGAAGAGGAUGAGUGCCUGAUCAACCGUGGGCCUACUGAUAAGAGGGUGCUAUACCUGGGAGCAGCUCCAAACAGAUAUUAUCCGUUCUCUUUAUUUUCCGAGGACUGUGGUUGGAAAGAAAUAUGGAAUAUUGUGCUAAGCAGAACCAAGGUAGUAUUCUUCUCAAACAAAAUCAACUUACUGGUGCCUUGCGGGCCUCUAGCCGUACUGGUAGAUUUGGUGACCGGCCAUCAGGGUUCCGUCUUCUUGUUAAGCUUGUUAGGCACCAUCCCCUUAGCGGAGCGCUUGGGUUGGGUAACAGAGCAGCUGGCUUUCUACACCGGACCUACAGUUGGAGGCCUUUUGAAUGCAACUUUUGGAAAUGCAACAGAACUGAUAAUAUCAAUUCAUGCAAUGAAAAGUGGCAUGAUACGUGUUGUUCAACAGUCACUUUUGGGCUCAAUACUGUCAAACAUGUUGCUGGUGCUUGGAUCUGCAUUUUUUAGUGGUGGAAUCGUUCAUUCAAAUAAGGAGCAAGUGUUUAACAAGGCAAAUGCUGAGAUUAAUACAGGGUUGCUCUUGGUGGCAGUUAUGGGCCUGUUAUUUCCAGCUGUGCUACACUUCACACGCACUGAAUUGCAUGUUGGGAAGUCUGAGUUGGCCCUUUCAAGGUUCAGCAGCUGUGUUAUGCUUGUGGGAUAUGUUGCCUUCAUUUGUUUCCAACUAAUUAGCCAGAGGAAUGUUUCUGUCCCAGUUAAUGAGGACGAGAGUGAGGCUGAUGGUAGCUCAGAUGAUAAAGAAGCUCCUAAGAUCACCAAGUGGGAAUCAAUAAUCUGGCUUUUUAUCUUGACUGCAUCAAUUUCGUUCCUGUCAGAGUACUUAGUUAAUGCCAUAGAGGGGGCAUCUGUUGCAUUGGCUAUUCCAGUAGCAUUUAUAAGCGUCAUCUUGCUUCCAAUUGUGGGGAAUGCAGCAGAGCAUGCAAGUGCAGUUAUGUUCGCAAUGAAAGACGAGCUUGACAUGUCUUUGGGAGUGGCAAUAGGAUCGUCAACACAAAUAUCCAUGUUUGGGAUCCCAUUUUGUGUGGUUUAUGGAUGGGUCUUAGGGCAUCCAAUGGACUUAAAUUUUCAGCUUUUCGAGACAGCCACUCUUUUCAUGACAGUUCUAGUUGUAGCCUUCAUGCUGCAGGAGGGGACUUCUAACUACUUUAAAGGACUGAUGCUCCUCUUCUGCUAUCUUAUAGUUGCUGCGAGUUAUUUUGUGCAUAUAGAUCCUGAAUCAAUACGGGAUAAGCCCGAGACGUAGAUGAGGAAGUUCAGAAACUUUAUCAAGUUGACUAGGCGAAGCUGAAGGGAUCGUCCUGUGAGACUGAGAGAUGAACCCUCCGGAAAAAAAGUAGCUCCUGGGUGUAUAUAGCUUCCAGUGUCUGUAUAAGAUUUAGGUGUUAACAGCAGCAGCAGUAGAUGAUAAUGUGGAAACUGCAGGCAAAUAUUUGCUUCUCUUGUCAACUUCAGUUUUACACUAUGGGUGGUUUUGCUAUAUAUAGUAGUAUAGUAUUAGUACCCCUGAGACCAUAACCCUUUUGAACAAGUCAAGCUUAAUUCUUUUGUGUUAAAUUGGGAGGUGGUUGCGAAA